UCUGCAGUCAUCAUUCAUGAUUCGGAAAGACAAUGUGACGGAACGCUGAUUAGGGGCAGCCGUAGUUUGUCUAUUUUUCUGUGCAUUUUCUUUCUGUUCAGUUUUCUGGUUAAAUUCGGUUCUAAGCGUAUUAUAAUUUAUUUAGUUUCAACUGAGUUAGUUGCAGCACGUAGACCGGAAAAGGAUUGAAAAUGCCGAAGCAGACACAGACUAGUACGAAAGGUAGUAAAUACCGACUUACUGUAUCCACUGAACAUGAAAAUGAGGUGGAGCUCGUCCCAAUGGAUGACAACACACACGACGUUAUCGGCAUUGCGGAGGAAAAUGCCGAACCAGACCUGGUCAAGACCAAGGACGGACGGUUGAUUAUAGCGAUGAAAGUUGGUCGUGCCUGCAAUAUCUGCAGGAUGGUUUUCCGGACGGCUAGGGGUCUUGCAAGGCACCAAUUGGGUUGUACUGACAAAGUAGAAGAGUUCAAGGAUGUUUUGGAAAAGGAAAAGGUAGCUGCAAAGGUUGCUCAACCGGGUGAAGAGUUUUUUAAAUACUGCAAUCCAAAUCCUGAGCACCCAUGUUACUGCUGCGGAGAAGAUCUAUCAACAGCACAUGUUGGUCAUAUUAAAUGCAAAUUUUGCCCAAAGUCUUUUAAAGCCUACGAGUAUAUGGAGAAACAUUUAGCUUCGGUUCAUGUAGACAACGACGAGUUUGCAUGCACUCAUUGCAAUGCUAAGUGUUCCUCACGAGAUGUCUUCGAUGACCAUUUACUGACUCAUUGUGAAGGAAAACCGUUUUCCUGCUUGAAAUGUGGCAAGGAUUUUACCCGCAAAUACCACCUUGAUCGCCACUUGAAUCAUUCUAGCUGUGGUGACAUACCCAAGCAAACUUUGCCGUGCGAAGUGUGUGGUAAGGAAUUUACAAGGCUAGAUAAUCUCCGAGAGCACCUUCGAUUUCAUAUGGGACAAGGAUCUCGCAAACGUGAUUACCAAUGUCCGUACUGUCCAAAAUCAUUUUAUGGAUCAUCAUUGUUGAAUAUUCACAUCCGCACUCACACUGGUGAGAAACCAUUCCCUUGUGAUCUGUGCUCAAAAUCAUUCCCGUCCACUGGAGCAUUAAGAAAACAUCGUAGAUCACACACCGGUGAACGACCUUAUCGCUGCGACCAGUGCUCCGCAACGUUUUCGGCUCGGGAAACUUUAAACAGACAUCGUAAAACACAUACUGGUGAAAAACCUCACCAAUGUACAGUUUGUGGCAAACGAUUUAUCCAAGCAACGCAACUUCGUUCCCAUAUGUUCAACCACACUGGAGAAAAUGGGUUCAAAUGCGAUCAAUGUUCAAGCGAGUUCAAUCGCAAGGCUCGAUUGGACGAACAUAUCCGUUUCGUUCACAAGAAGGAAAAACAGCAGAAAUGUGAGACUUGUGGAAAAGAAUUUAUGAGAAAAGAAGAUCUUAACCGCCACAUGGACUCGCACAGCUCAGUUAAAAACUUCAGUUGUCCUCAAUGUCAGAAAUGCUUCGUAUCUAAAGCUUCUAUGAGACUUCAUCAAAAGACACACAUCGUCGAGGAGCCAUCCAUUUGUACAAUUUGUGAUCGUCAGUUCAUUCGCCAAGAUUGUUUGACCCGACACAUGCGAGCAAAACAUCGAUCAAACGUUGCGGUUCCGUCAAAUAGUGACAACAUUUACGAGAUUCCCGAAGAAUCAGUACUUAUGGAUGUUGGUGAUCCACAGGAAAUGGAAAAAGAUCAUCAAGUAUUAGAGAUUGACGGAGAAGUGUUCCAAAUUACACCCGUUGAAAAUAUUCAAAUUGUUCAAAUCAGCUCGCAAGUAAACGUGAAAGAUGAGCAAAGUAAAGAAAUUCAGGUGGUAGAAGAAGUGGAAUUCAACCCACCUUCUCCGUUAAAAACGCCCCCUGCUCCACUACCUGUUAGACAGAGAAAAGAUAACAAACCGGAAUUAAAACAAAAACGCGUAAUGAAAGUAACUGAAACCCAAGAGUUGUUAGUGAUUCCCAUUUCAGAGGAAGUGGUCCAGCCGAAGCCUGUCACGCCUAAGAAAAAAGUUACCAAAGAACGGAAGAGGAGUAAACGAACCUCUGAGAUUAGCGAAUUCUCAACUGCCAAGAUCAAGAUCGAAGACCAAGACGAUUGUACUCCUAUCUUCCUUAGUGAUGCUGUUUUGAAAACUAAAAUCUCUGAACUGCUAUGUUUAUUGAUUGGCGAAGAAACGCUGGUAGAAUUUGGUUGGCCAACGGCUCCAGUCGAGGAGGUACUAAGUAAUGUUAUUCAGCGUUGCGGGCACAAACCGGCAAGCGAUGAGGAUUCCGGUGAUUGCACCACCCACAUGCGAGAGAAUACGAAAAUUCUUUUCGCACUUACGAUGGACGACGACAAUAUCAAAUCUUUACUGAACAAUCACACGGUUGACGAGGUAAUCGUUGAUGUGCUUAGGAACAAGUAAAAGUUAGAGGAUUAACGCUGUAAGGUUGUUUAAGCCACAAGUGCAAUUAUUGAAUCGACUUCCAAAAGUGGCCUAAGCAUAUAUUAUACAUGUUACAAUAAUUUUACAUUUUAUUGAAAUCAGUUACGCAUUGGUGGAUUAAUUGAACAUUUCUAAUACCUAUAAAAAUGGAGAACUAAUUGCAAAUAUCUUUGAUAUAUCAUAUAAUAUACGUUAUGAAAACUUGUA